CUCGCCCUCUCCCCGACCACGCCCUCCCCCUACACCCACACCCCGCACCCGCACAUCCACAGCCCGACGCCCUCCGCCUCCCAAAUCACCCCGCGCCUCUUCCUCGCAGACCUCUCCGCCGCCGAGGACCCCGCGCUCCUCGCCGCCCUCGGCAUCACCCACGUCCUCUCCGCCCUCCCAGGCCCCGUGCACCUCCCGCCCGCCCUGCGCCUCGCCGCGCUCCAGCUCCCGCUCGCAGACACCCCCUUCGCGGAGCUCGCCGCCCACCUCCCGCGCACGACGCGCUGGAUCGCAGACGCGCUCGACGAGCGCCCCGACGCGCGCGUGCUCGUGCACUGCGCGAUGGGCGUGUCGCGCUCGCCGAGCGUCGUGGCCGCGUGGCUGAUGGCUGCGCGCGGGUGGGCGCCCGAGGAGGCGAUCGAGUACGUGCGCGGGCGGAGGGCGGGCGUGUGUCCGAACGAGGGGUUCGUGCGCCAGCUGCAUGAGUAC